AUGCCUCACUAUUUGCCUCACGUUCCAACGCGGUCAGCUGAUGAAAUUUCCGAUGAAAAGACUUUAGAUGAAGCUCUGAAUGGUCAGAACAAGCCAGAAAAUGACAGUGGAUCCAUCAAAUCGUUGACAGGCUCGGAGGAAGAUUAUCCUGAUGGUGGAUUAAGGGCUUGGUUGGUUCUUGGAGGGAUAAUGUGCAUUUCAUUUUCCACGUUUGGGUUUGUGAACGCUUGGGGAGUAUUCCAAGCCUACUAUGAAGAAAACUUACUGGAGGACUCUGAUUCUUCCAAUAUCGCAUGGAUUGGCUCUGUUCAGUACGCCCUCGUCUUCAUGCCGAGUGUAGUUACCGGCCGCAUGUUCGAUAUUGGAUAUUUCAAAACACCACUACUAUCAGCAAGUAUUUUGCUUGUUCUGGCAACGUUUCUCAUCUCUGAGUGCUCUCAAUACUGGCAUUUUCUUUUCUGCCAGGGCUUUGUCAUUGGGCUUUCUUGCGGGAUGGUAUUUGGUCCGAGCAUGGGGAUUGUAGGACAUUGGUUUCGACGCCGCAGAGGUAUUGCCGUAGGGCUUAUGUCUACUGGCGCAUCGGUUGGUGGUACGGUGUUCCCGGUAAUCGCCCAUGAGCUUAUUGACGUUGUCGGAUUUCCAUGGACAAUGAGAAUCAUAGGAUGCAUCCUCAUACUUGGCCUGGGCAUCGCCAACUUGACAAUGAAGCGUCGACUUCCACCCGUGAAUGCAUCCGGAGGAAUGCUCAAUCUAAAAGCUUUCAGGAGCAUGCCAUAUACUAUUUGGUGUGUGUCUGGUUUCAUUGCAAUGCUGGGGCUGUAUACAGUUCUGAUCUAUAUCAGCGUUAGCGCCACCGCCUACGGUGUUUCGACAGAUGUGGCCUUUUACCUUGUGUCUAUUGCCAAUGCCAGCUCGGGAGUCGGGCGACUUGUUUCGGGAAUAUGUGUGGAUCGAUACGGCGCGUUGAACUACUUUGGCCCCAUGACGAUUAUAGCCGGUGCCGUCACCUAUGCUUGGCCAUUCGCGCGGAGUCUGGCUUCAAUGAUUGUCGUUGCGGUAAUUUACGGGUUCACAAGCGGGGCCCAUGUCACCUCGGCGGUCGAUCCGAUCUAUGGCUUUGGAGAUAUCAGUGACGUAGGGAGGAGGACAGGGACGGCGUUCUCGAUAGCGGCUCUUGGUGCAGUUGCGGGUCCGCCCAUUUCUGGGGCCAUCAAUGCGUCAACGAAGGGUUUUGAGGCUGUGGGGUAUUAUGCAGGGAGCGUGAUCAUGCUUGCUGUUAUACUGUUGUAUGUGGCCCGGUACCUUGCUCUUGGGACGUUACGAGGAAGAUUUUGA